CGCUGGUUGUGAUUACUGUUACCAGAGCUGGGACUGAACCUCACGUCUCUGGACAGCUGCCUUCUGUGCCUCAGAACAGUCUCAGGUGCCAGGAUGUGGUUGUGCAGGGGUUGAACGAUCAUCUCCACGGCUCUGGCGGCUGAAGCUAGUCAAAAGAAACGCUCCGGGGGAAAGGAGAAAGAAAAGGGUUAAAGCACGAGAAAGCCGAGAAAAUUAGAAAAGCGCCGGAGCCCCCGGACCCCCGCCCCACCAAGCCGGGUAAGCCCCUCCUCCGCCACCGAGGCGGUCGCGGUGCGCUCCCGCCCUCCGCCCCUUGCUUACAAGAUCUAAUGAGCUCCCCCGGGAGGCCGAGCGGCGAGCGGGGCCGGAGCGAGGAGGCAGCGCCACGCCGGGGCGGGAGCCGGCCGGGGGCGCACGGGCCGCGCUGGGGACCGCCCGGGAGCCGCGCCGAUGGCUGUGCAAGCGGCGCUCCUCAGCACGCACCCCUUCGUGCCCUUCGGCUUCGGGGGCUCCCCGGACGGGCUGGGGGGCGCCUUCGGAGCCCUGGACAAGGGCUGCUGUUUCGAAGACGAUGAGAACGGGGCGCCGGCGGGUGCGCUGCUGCCUGGAGCCGAGGGCGGGGACGUGCGCGAGGCCACCCGCGACCUACUGAGCUUCAUCGACUCGGCGUCCAGCAACAUCAAGCUGGCGCUGGACAAGCCCGGCAAGUCCAAGCGCAAGGUGAACCACCGCAAGUACCUGCAGAAGCAGAUCAAGCGCUGCAGCGGCCUCAUGGGCGGCGGCCCCCCCUCGCCCGGCGCAGCUGACGGGCCCGCCAAGCGGCCGCCCGCGCUCCCCUGCGCCCCAGCCGUCCCGACCCCGGCGCACGGCAAGGCGGUGCCCCGGCGGGAGGCGUCGCAGGCCGCCGCGGCCGCCAGCCUGCAGAGCCGGAGUCUGGCCGCGCUCUUCGACUCGCUGCGCUACGUCCCCGGGGGCGCCGAGCCGGCGGGGGGCGCCGAAGCCGUGCGGGCGCAGGGCCACGGCGGAGCGAGCGCAGGCGGCGCCGGAGGGGACGCGGCCGGCCCCGCGGUGUCGGGCUCCAGGAAGGUCCCUCUGCGGGCCCGCAACCUGCCCCCGUCCUUCUUCACCGAGCCAUCCCGGGCGGGCGGUGGCGGCGGCGGCCCGUCGGGGCCCGGCGUGAGUCUGGGCGACCUGGAGAAAGGGGCGGAGGCGGUGGAGUUCUUCGAGCUGCUGGGGCCGGACUACGGCGCGGAAUCCGAGGCGGGCGUCCUGCUGGCCGCGGAGCCUCUCGACGCGUUUCCCACCGGAGCCGCGGUCCUGCGGGGACCUCUGGAGCUGGAGCCUGGCCUCUUUGAGCCGCCGCCGCCGGUGAUCGUGGGGAACCUACUGUACCCCGAGCCCUGGAGCGCCCAGAGCUGCCCACCCGCCAAGAAGCCGCCCCUGGAGGCGGCCCCCGCAGGCUUGACCUUGAACGAGGCCUUGCGCCCCCUGUACCCCGCCGCGGCGGACUCUCCGGGUGUGGAGGACGGGCCGGGCCCUGUGGCCCCUUUCGCCCCCUUCUUUCCAGACUGCGCGCUGCCGCAGCCGCACCAUCAGGUGUCCUACGACUACAGCACGGGCUACAGCCGCACGCCCUACUCCAGCCUUUGGAGACCAGACGGGGUUUGGGAUGGGGCGCCGGGAGAGGAGGGGUUGCCCCGGGACUGACUGCGAGGUACCCUGCGCUCCCCCGAGACUGCAGGGGGGCUCGCCCUGCUGAGCCGAGAGAAGGACGGGAAAUGCACUCGAAGAUGAAACGGGGCAAUACAAAAGGCAAUUAAUAAAGGGAACUUCAGAGACACACACGAAGACGUGUUUGGGAUCGUCUUAAUCACCGCCUCAAGUGGACUUUAUUUAAGCCGUCUGUGGUUUCUUGUUGGACCCUCCCCCCCAAGCAAACAAAAA